UCCCAAAGGAAUUAUUCACUUUUUUGCUCUGCAAGAUUUGAGCAUUGACAAAUGUGAUAGUUUGAAAUAUGUGUUUCCAACAUCCAUUGCUGAAGACCUUAACAUGCUGAAUAAUCUUUCAAUAGAAGACUGUGAGCAAAUGGUAAAAAUCUUUGCAGAAGAUAAAAGAACCUCAGAAUUAGGAGACACCAAAUCAUUUGAGCUUCCUUCUUUGACUUCACUGGUGCUUAGAGAACUGCCAAUGCUCAAACACUUUUAUCCGGGACUACACAAGCUUCAAUUUCCGAAGCUAAAACAACUAUAUAUACAAGUCUGUAAAUGGAUGAUACUCAAUUGUCAAGAGGCAGAGGCUUUUGUAGAUCAACAAGUUGUACUUCCAAUCGAGCAGGUUAAUCUCCUAUUUCGGAGCUUGGAGGAAUUAUCAUUUGAUAUGAGAGGCGCCAAGUUGACUUGGGAAGUAAAAUCUCGAAAACUUAAAUUUAAAGAGUCAGAAGAAGAAAGGGUUGAAGAGGUGGUAUUUGAGGAAAAACCUAAGGCUGAUUAUGUUCAACUCCUAUCGCAUCUCGAUCUCAAAGAGUUAAGCAUAUUUUCUUUUUUCAGACUCAAAUCCAUUGGUUUGGAUCACUCUUGGAUACACCCCAUCCUUGAUAAUAUCCAAACAUUGAAAGUGAAGCACUGUUUUGAUAUAAAGAACUUAGUAGCAAGCAAGGUGUCUUUCUCUAGUCUGACGAAAUUGGUUGUACAUGAUUGCUAUGGUUUGUUGUAUUUGUUCACAUCUUCAACAGCAGAAAGUCUGAGUCAACUCAAGCAUAUGGAGAUAAGCAAUUGUAGAUCAAUGCGAGAGAUAAUAUGCAAAGAGGAUGAUGAAUCUAAUGAGAACAUAAUAUUUGAGAAGCUCCAGGUUCUGCAUCUUGAAUAUUUGUCAAUGCUGAGAUGGUUAUACUCAGGCAAACGUACUUUGUGUUUUCCAUCAUUGCAACAGUUAUCCAUCUUUGGCCAACUCUCCAGGAUGACAACAUUCUGUCCCCACAUCCACAUAGAUCUGGAUUCAGUCAAGUUGAGCUCAGGACAACGCUCCUGGAAUCCAUAUGAAGUCCAAUGGGAAGAUGAUGUUGAUACCACCAUUCGCAAAAUGAAUAACAAAGAAAUUUUACUCAGAGAAAGUCUAUAUUUUCAAGAGAUGUGGCGUGCCUCAUUGCCGCUCUCUGAAGCAUGCUUCAGUAAUUUGGAGUCCUUGGUUGUGCAUCAAUGUGAUUUUUUAUCGGAAAUACUACCUGCUAAUUUACUUCCUUUUUUAAAUAACAUGCGAAAAUUGGAAGUUCAAAAAUGUAGUUCUGUGAAAACUAUAUUUGAUGUGAAAUGCAUAACAAAAGACAAGACACUCCUACCAAUUAAAUUUGCACUGGAGGAGUUGGUAUUAGAAAAGCUGCCGAAUUUAGAUAGCAUUUGGAAUGAAGAUCCUGAUGGGAUACUCGACUUUCAACUUAUACAACAAGUGCAUGUUGAUACAUGUAAAAGCCUUACAAGCUUGUUCCCAAAAUCAGUAGGCAAGGAUCUUGUCAAUCUUAAAAAUCUAGAGUUGAAACAUUGUAAAAGCUUGGUGGAAAUCAUUGCAGGGAUUGAAACAACACCAGAAAGAGCAAUUUCAAACCUUAUUAAGUUCCCACGUUUGACUUCAUUGACACUGUUGGAUUUGCCAAGCUUCAAUUGUUUUUACUGUUCAUUGCAUUGUGUCCUGUUGAAGACACUGAAUGGUCAUGAUGAUCCACAAAUUGAGGACCAAGUCUGUUUCAAAGAGGUUACUCCUAAAUUGACCAACUUGUUGUUUGGUGAAAGAGAAGUGAAGAUGAUUGGACAUGAAGAACGUGACGGAAGCCACUUUAGCGACAUAAAUGUUUAUGAUAUGCAGGGUUUUAAUGUUGAGCUUGAGUCUGAUGAACUUCCAUAUACAUUUCUCCAAAAGGUGUCCUGUAUAAAAACUCUCCAAGUAAAAAAUAGUUCUAUCAAAGAGAUAUUCUGCUCUAAAAGGCCUAGUUUGGAUUGCACCCAAUUUCUACCACAUCUUAAAGAAUUGAAGUUGGCUUCUCUUUCUGAACUAAUUUCCAUUGGAUUUGAAUGCUCUUGGAUACGAGAAUCAUCAAUUCUCAAAACUCUGGUAACCUUAGAAGUAAAAAGCUGCUCUGGUUUAACAAGUUUAGUUUCUUCUCCUGUAUGUUUCUCCAAUCUGACGCAUUUGACUGUAUCUGAAUGCGACAACAUGAUAUAUUUGUUCACAUCUGCAACAGCUAAAAGUUUGACUCAACUCAAAAAAAUAGAAAUAUCUAGUUGUAAAUCCAUGCAAUGGAUUGUGUCUAAUGAAGGAGAAGAAUCAAUUCAUGAUGAGAUAGUAUUUGAGCAGCUGCAAGAAUUACAAUUUCGGAGUUUAAAAAACCUUAGAAGAUUUUAUAAUGGGGGUUUUACCUUAAGCUUUCCAUCAUUGGAGAAAUUGAAAGUGAUUAAGUGCAACAGUAUGGAAUCUUUCUGUGAAGGUACCAUCAAUACAAACAAGUUAUCAGAAGUAUUCUUUGAUAUAUUUGGAGAUGAUAGAACCCCAUUGGAAGUUGAUCUCAAUUCUACCUUACGAAACACUUACAAGUCAGAGGUUGCAAAAUUUGUGAGGGAAGUAAAGGACUUGAAGCUCAGCGAAUACCCAAUGAUACAUGGAAUAUGGAAUGCUCCAUUUCGAGUUCCAUCCUUGUGCUUCAUCAGAUUGAAGAUCUUGAUUGUGGAAAAAUGUGAAUUCAUCACAUCUAUUGUAAUACCCUCUCACAUACUCAGUUUGCUAUGCAAAUUGGAAGAGUUGGUAGUGCGACAAUGCAAUUCCGUGAAAACAAUAUUUGAAGUGACACAUGAAGCAGAAGACACAAUGAUCAAUCCUUUAAGAUCUGGCUUAAAGAAAUUGACUAUUGAGCAGCUACCAAAUCUUGAACAUGUUUGGGAUUCAGACCCUGCUCAACAAAUUAGUUACUUUCAGAGCUUUCAAGAAGUCUACGUUCAUGGAUGCAACAACCUUCAAAGGUUAUUUCCAACAUCUGUCGCUGAAAAUCUAAAUAAACUUGAGAAACUGGAAGUAACCGAGUGUGAUAGAUUGGUGGAAAUUGUUACAAAGGAUGAAGUAGUUGUUGAAGGAGCUCCUAAAGAGUUUGCAUUGCAAAGCAUGACCUCCAUAAAAUUGUGGUCUUUGCCAGAAUUGAAAUGUUUUUACCCUGCUCCGCACAAGCUAGAAUGCCCCAAGCUAGAGGAAGUGCACUUAUUCCACUGUGAAAAGUUGAAGACAUUUCAAUUUGAGUCUCAGAAAUUUCAAUGUCCACAAGCAGAGAAUCAAGCCAUUUUUUUGCCAGAAAAGGUAAUCCCGUACUUGAAGUUUCUAGCAGUCAGCAAGGAGGAGAUCAUGAUGAUGUUGCAUGUGAACAACCUUUCAAAAUUAGAAGCUCUUCAAUUGCAAUGUUUUCAUGAUGAUUCAGAUACUCUACCAUAUGAUUUUCUUCAAGGGCUGCCCAACAUAGAAAAGCUCGUUGUAUGUUGUAGCUCUUUCAAAGAGAUAUUCUGCACUAAAAGACCUACCAUGGAUUGUGUCAAAGAAAUUAUUCCACAAGUGAAGUGUUUGCAGUUGAGUUCCUUGUCUCAGCUGAAUUCCAUUGGGUUAGAGCAUUCUUGGGUGCAACACAUUUCUGAAAAUAUUGAAAAAUUGCAAAUAGAUAAGUGUCAUAGUUUGAGGAGCAUAGUACCAAGCGAGGUAUCGUUCUCCAGCCUGAUAGAGUUGAACAUAUCAGAAUGCAAUGGGCUUGUGAAUUUGUUCACACCUUCAACAAGCAGAACUCUGCAUCAGCUGAAGAAUAUGUCCAUAGAAAACUGUGAAUCACUGAAAGAGAUUGUGUCUGAAGAAGAAGUAGAAGAGUCAUCAGGGCAUGUAGAAGAGGAGAUAAUAGUAUUUCAUAAAUUGAAAACUCUGUCCCUUCGCUCUCUACCAAACCUUGGAAGGUUUUACAAUGGCAACAUUGAGUUAAAAUUUCCAUCCCUGGUUCAUUUGUUGCUAAUCGAUUGCAGCAAGAUGGAAAGUUUUUGUGCAGGUACAGUAUCAGUGAACAGGUGGAUGGAAGUCCAAUUCAAUGACGAAGAAGAUACUAAAGUCGACCCGUUUGAUGAUAUGGGAGAAAAACAUGCAUUGUUGGUUGAAGGUGAUCUCAAUUGCGCUGUACGGAACGUAUUUGAAGGGUUCUAUUAGAGAAGUCCAAUUCCGAAGAUGGAGUUAAAGACCAAAACGCGACACCUAGCCAUAUCAAAGGAGUUGAUGAAGAGAAAAGAUUUGUUGUCACUUUGUCAGUUGCAAUUUGAUUUGUUUUAUAUUAUAGUUGUUUUAAAAAAAAUCCAAAAAAAUUAAAAAUACAAAAAAAAUGCAUGUGUGGUGUGAUUGUAAGUUAAAAAAAAAAAAAAG